UAAUAAUAGUAUUAGAGUCGGGAGUGGGUAUUCCUCCGAGCAGGAGUUCGUUCGAAGGGAACGAAAACAGAGAGACAGCGCGUCUCGCUUUCGCCUCUUCCCCUACAGCGGCCCAGCCCGCAGCCCAUCAACCUGAUCGGAAAACAAUGGCGGACUCUUCUGCGGGGAUGACGCUGAUGGAUCUAAUCACUUCGGACCCUUCAUCUUCGGCAUCAUCAGCACCUGCCGCUACCGCUGCCGCUGCCGCUGCUUCUUCAUCUUCUUCCUCCUCUUCCACUGUUUCGCUAGUUUCUUCUACUGCUCUCCCUCCCCAUCCCACGUCCUUAGGGAAACCAGUGCAGACUGAUCGAAGGUCUAAGAGAGCCACUCUCAUGCAGAUCCAAAGCGACACCAUUUCUGCUGCCAAGGCUGCUUUGAAUCCUGUCAAGACCAACAUCAUGCCCCAAAGACAGAAGAAAAAGCCUGUUUCAUAUUCACAACUUGCACGUAGUAUUCAUGAAUUGGCUGCUACCUCUGAUCAGAAAAGUUCCCAGAAGCAGUUAGUGCAGCAUGUGUUCCCCAAACUUGCUGUGUACAAUUCAGUUGACCCUUCAUUGGCACCAUCUCUCCUCAUGCUUAGCCAGCAGUGUGAAGAUGGGACUAUUCUACGAUAUGUCUAUUAUUACUUGGCCAGAAUUUUAUCGGAUACUGGUGCUCAAGGUUUAACUCCAGGUGGUGGGAUUCCCACGCCAAACUGGGAUGCUCUUGCUGACAUUGAUGCUGUUGGUGGAGUGACCCGAGCUGAUGUUGUGCCUCGGAUAGUAAAUCAGCUUACUGCAGAGGCCUCCAACGCCAAUGUUGAAUUUCAUGCAAGAAGACUUCAGGCUUUAAAGGCUCUUACAUCUGCUCCUUCAAGCAACUCAGAAAUUUUGUCCAAAUUGUAUGAAAUUGUAUUUGGCAUUCUUGAUAAGGUUGCUGAUGCACCACAGAAACGUAAGAAAGGUAUUUUUGGGAACAAAGGUGGUGAUAAGGAGUCCAUUAUUCGGAGUAAUUUGCAAUAUGCUGCUCUAAGUGCUUUGAGAAGACUUCCUCUGGAUCCAGGAAAUCCUGCGUUUCUCCAUCGUGCUGUACAGGGGGUUUCAUUUGCUGAUCCAGUUGCUGUCAGGCAUGCUUUGGAAAUUAUCUCUGAGAUAGCUAGCAGAGACCCUUACGCAGUUGCAAUGGCACUAGGGAAGGCAGUGCUUCCUGGAGGGGCUUUGCAGGAUGUUCUGCAUUUGCAUGAUGUUCUUGCUAGAGUUUCAUUGGCCAGGUUGUGCUAUUCUAUAUCUAGAGCCCGAGCAUUAGAUGAAAGACCAGACAUUAAAUCUCAAUUCAACUCUGUGCUCUAUCAACUUCUCCUGGACCCCAGUGAAAGAGUUUGUUUUGAGGCAAUCCAAUGUGUAUUGGGAAAAUAUGAUAAUGUUGAGAGAACUGAAGAGCGAGCUGCUGGAUGGUAUCGCUUAACUAGAGAGAUUCUCAAGUUGCCAGAAGCACCUUCUGUAUCAUCUAAGGAACCUAAUGCAGAUUCAAAAGAUGGACUUCCACCAAAGGCUACCAAGGAAAAAUCACAAAAGACAAGGCGCCCACAACCUCUCAUAAAACUUGUAAUGAGAAGGUUGGAGAGUUCCUUCCGUAGUUUCUCUAGACCUGUGCUUCAUGCAGCGGCAAGAGUUGUGCAGGAGAUGGGGAAAAGCCGGGCUGCAGCAUUUGCUUUAGGAUUACAAGAUAUUGAUGAAGGUGUCCACAUUAAUGCAUUUUCUGAGAAUGUUGACUCGCUUGAUGCUGAUGAGAACUUGCAAGGUGAAGGUAUUCGAAGGGCUUCAUCUUUGUCUAACGGAUCAAGUGGUCGGGAUACAAUAUCAAGUUUACUAGCUUCACUAAUGGAAGUUGUACGGACAACUGUAGCAUGUGAAUGUGUUUAUGUUCGAGCAAUGGUAAUUAAAGCAUUGAUCUGGAUGCAAAGUCCUCAUGAAUCAUUUGACGAACUAGAAUCCAUCAUUGCAUCAGAGCUGUCUGAUCCAGUUUGGCCAGCGACAUUAUUGAAUGAUAUCUUGUUGACUUUGCAUGCUCGGUUUAAGGCAACUCCAGAUAUGGCCGUCACUCUUCUUGAAAUUGCUAGAAUUUUUGCCACUAAAGUUCCUGGGAAGAUUGAUGCUGAUGUGUUACAGCUAUUGUGGAAAACAUGCCUUGUUGGGGCUGGUCCUGAUGGGAAACAUACGGCUUUGGAAGCAGUCACAAUAGUCCUUGACCUUCCUCCACCACAGCCUGGGUCAAUGUCAGGUCUGACCUCAGUGGAUAGGGUAUCGGCAUCUGAUCCAAAGUCAGCAUUGGCAUUACAGAGAUUAGUCCAAGCAGCAGUCUGGUUCCUUGGAGAGAAUGCAAAUUAUGCUGCUUCUGAAUAUGCUUGGGAAUCAGCAACUCCUCCUGGUACUGCACUGAUGAUGCUAGAUGCAGAUAAAAUGGUUGCUGCUGCCAGCUCCCGUAACCCUACUCUAGCUGGAGCAUUGACACGACUCCAAAGGUGUGCUUUCAGUGGAAGCUGGGAGGUUCGUAUUGUUGCUGCUCAGGCUCUUACAACGAUGGCAAUAAGGUCUGGUGAGCCUUACAGGCUACAGAUCUAUGAAUUUUUACAUGCUUUAGCACAGGGUGGUGUGCAGUCUCAGUUUUCUGAUAUGCAUCUUAGUAAUGGUGAAGAUCAAGGGGCUAGUGGCACUGGCCUCGGAUCUUUAAUAAGCCCCAUGUUAAAGGUCCUUGAUGAAAUGUAUAGAGCCCAGGAUGACUUGAUUAAGGAAAUGCGCAACCAUGACAAUGCAAAUAAGGAAUGGACAGAUGAUGAACUUAAAAAACUAUAUGAAACCCAUGAGAUGUUGCUAGAUCUGGUCUCACUCUUUUGUUACGUUCCCAGAGCAAAGUAUCUGCCUCUAGGACCAACAAGUGCAAAAUUAAUUGACAUCUACCGUGCACGGCACAAUAUAAACGCCUCAUCUGGAUUGAGUGAUCCAGCUGUUGCUACAGGAAUCUCAGACCUUGUUUAUGAAUCUAAAGCAACACCUGCAGAGCCUGAUGCACUUGAUGAUGACCUGGUAAAUGCUUGGGCAGCAAACCUUGGUGAUGAUGGCUUGUGGGGAAACAAUGCACCGGCAAUGAACAGGGUUAAUGAAUUUCUUGCUGGUGCUGGAACUGAUGCUCCAGAUGUUGAGGAGGAGAAUAUCAUAUCAAGGCCUUCUGUUAGUUAUGAUGAUAUGUGGGCGAAGACACUCUUGGAGACUUCAGAAGUAGAGGAAGAUGAUGCGAGAUCAUCUGGUACAUCUUCUCCUGAGUCAACAGGAUCGGUUGAAACUUCCAUAUCGUCUCAUUUUGGUGGGAUGAGUUACCCAUCAUUGUUCAGCUCACGGCCAUCAUAUGGGGCUUCACAGUCUUCAGAGAGGUCAGCAGCAAACCGGUUUAGCAAUCCAUCCAUGGGUGGUUCCUCAUUGUAUGAAGGUCGAGGUUCCCCGAUUAGGGAAGAACCAUCAUCAUAUACAUCACCUAUUAUGCAAAGGUUUGAGUCAUUUGAGAACCCCUUGGCUGGGCGGGGUUCCCAGAGCUUUGGAUCUCAAGACGAGGAACGAAUUUCUUCUGGAAAUCCACAGUUUGGAACAGCACUUUACGACUUCACUGCUGGUGGAGAUGAUGAGUUAAAUUUAACGGCCGGAGAAGAUGUUGAAAUCGAUUAUGAAGUUGAUGGCUGGUUUUAUGUGAAGAAGAAGCGCCCUGGGAGGGAUGGAAAAAUGGCUGGACUGGUACCUGUCCUUUAUGUUAGUCAAUCGUGAUGUGCAUAAUCCAGUUUGAGGAAGUCCACACCAUGCCAUUUAUCAUCCUGUGCUUUACAAGCCACAAUUUGAUGUGCUUAUUGAGCUUUAUUGUGCUGUUUGGCUUAUCGAAUAUGGAGAUUAUCAGAAGUUCAUUCAGCUGGUGGACUCGCCUUGUCCAUCUAUGAUUUCUUUCCCACCUUCCUACUUUGCUUUGGUACUUCGAUCAUGUAGGGCUUCCAUGCAGGAGGUUGUUUUUUUCAUUUAGGCUGAACUGUCUGGUGCUUUUUUUUUUUUGGGUGAUCCUUGCAUGUUACCAAAUGGGUCCGUCAGUUCAUUCUUUUGUCUUGGUUUUGCUGUAGAUUACUGGAGUACCCAAACCUUUUUCUGUUUGGCUCAUUAAAGAGUCCAGCGAUUCUUUUUGUUCUGCCGGUGUCCUGUUUUUUGUACCCCGCAGUUUUAUUUGAUAGAAGGAUUUUCCAUUUUUUGUACUCUCUCUCUCUCUCUCUCUAUUGCCGAAGCCCUUGGGAGAAGAAUUAAUGUUUUUUUCAGUCAAAAGUGUAUUAAUGAAUGAAUAAUGUUUUUUUUAGUCAAAAGUGUAUUAAUGAAUGAAUAGGUGAUUUCCCUGAA